AUGAAGAGUUGUAAUGUAUUUGCAAUUAGAGCGGGAAAUACCCAGAAUGGUAAGGCAAUGUUAAAAGAUGUCAAGAAAUACUUUCGCAAACAUGAAGAAAUAGUUAAUGGCAUCCAUAAUGCACCAGAAAAGGCCGAGGAGUAUAUUCGAAGCUGGGAAGGAAAAUUGACAAAAGAAUUAUUUAUAAAGUUAUUUAAGGUAUCUGCUAUUUUUGCUGGAUGGGGUGCGGAUAAAGUUCCUUAUUUAUAUCAAAUUGCCCAGUCUAAAUUCGGGAAAACAUUCGAGACAACAUCCAAAGGUGAGAAGUGCAAUGGAUUUGUGGGGGGAUCCGGCCGUCCAUUUGUUUUGACUUACUUGCACAGUUGCAUGCCAGAUAUGAAAGUCCAGAGUUCAAGUGAAUUGUUACAAAAUGUGACAAGGGCUAUAUUAUAUGCAACCCUUUUUUAUAAACAUAGCGGUGGAAGUGUGCGCGUCUUUGAAGUAAAAGAAAAAGAAGUUACAAAGGUAUAUAAUCGACCGGUUCUGGAAGCGCUUUUUGAUCAUUACGAUGCCUUAAUUAGGCAUCUUUCCAAUUCAUUGUUCUUUCUCUUUAAACAUUGUCAUUACCCGCAUACCCGUGAAAAUAAUGCUAAAAUUGAAGAAAAAUUCAGAGCACAGUUUGAAGAAGAGAAAUAUGUGGGGAAUGUUGUCGUAAAGCUAGGAAAGAAAUUCGUUGUACAACUCGUACAUUUCGAGAACCCAAUUGAUGCACUAUAUGAGAAGCUGAAAAGUCAAGAUAGUCAACGGAAAAGAACAGAUCGACGCACUGUGCCUCGUGAAAUUGAAGGUCUACCGUUAGUUAAAGUUAAAACUAAACUUGGUCAGUAUCCUAUUUGGUGUGCUAAGCUAGAACGGGAGUUGGUGAGAAAUUUACAAGAACGGCAUCAUCGUCUUUAG